GCUACUUUAUCACUGUUUCCACGGGAUGUUUCUCAUGUCCAAGCGACCCCGAUAACGCGAUAUUUAGCACAUGGAGUGAGAAUUUUACCAGGGGAACCCUAUCAAAAACAUUUAUUUUACCCCCGGAUAGCGAUUUUUUAACUGGGAGCCUCCCUCGAAAUGUGAUUGGGAGCAACUGGGAGGAUUUUGUUGUGAAAACCUGGCAACCCUACGCUGCAAGCUUAGCUAGCACUCAUUGCACAGCAACACUUCACACCCUUCUGUCACUCAUUCCGUGAUCUUGUGACAGAAGAGGCGUUCAUGCAUACGCAUCCCAUGCUGACAUCACAGGCCAUCGGUAUAUGCUGUGACAAAGGUGUCAGUCCUGCCCUCUGUCCUACACAGCUAUGGCCAAAGACCAGCAAAAUGUGUUUGACCUCGUCCCUCUUCUGGGAUCCACUGACCUACACAAGCUGGAGCAGGUCAAAAACCUGCUGCAGGAAACCCUCAGUGCAGAUAAAGGGACUAUGUUGCUGUGGAAUAUUGUGGAAUAUUUCCUGGAGACAAGCUCAUCUCAAGCUGUGGAUAUCCUGUCUUCUGUCAGGGAGCCCCAUGACAAGUAUCUUUUAGAUAAGAUGAAUGAAUGCAUGGGCAAGCAGAGCUGCCGUCUCGCCACCAUCACCCUCCUUGGACAUAUUGUUCGCAAGCAGCCACCAUGGAUCCACAAGAUCGCUCGCUUCCCUCUGCUUGCCUCGCUGCUCAAAUGCCUCAAGACUGACUCCGAUGUGGUAGUUCUCAUAACUGGUGUGCUGGUGUUGAUCGCUCUACUACCCAUGAUUCCUCAGAACAGUAAACAACUUCUGUGCGAGUACUUUGAUAUCUUUGGAAGACUUGCUGCCUGGAACCAACGUCACCCAGGUCAAGCUCAGGGAGUGUUUGCAGUCCAUCUACAUGCCAGUGUAUACUCGCUUUUCCAUCGUUUAUAUGGCAUGUAUCCCUGUAAUUUCGUUUCUUACUUGCGUUCCCACUACAGUAUGAAGGAAAAUGUUGACACAUUUGAGGAAGUGGUAAAGCCCAUGUUACAGUAUGUACGGAUACAUCCUGAGCUCAUCACCGGAAACAAAGACUACGAGGUUGAUGCAAUUAGAUGGAAGAGAUUUGAGCCUCAUGAUAUCGUGGUUGAAUGUGCCAAAAUUUCACUGGAUUCUAAGGAGGCGUCAUCUGAAGUAGGAUACUCCUCUCUGUCGGAUCACAUACCACGACGCCCUGUAGAACAGAGCCGAUCAUGCUCAGAGCUCAGCAUCCAUGAAAUCACAUCUGUCACACCAAGGGCUGUUGUUCAUCAGUCUCUAUUUCUGUCACUACCUUAUCUCACUGUAACCCAAGACUCAGGUUCCAGCGCACAGACCCCCAACCAUCAGACUGAUGGGAUGAACUCCUCAGGGACGAAGGAGGAGAUGUGGAGUCCUUCUUCAGUGUGUGGGAUGACCACCCCUCCCAACUCUAGAGGAAUGUCCCCCACCACAGUUUCUGAUGUCUCACAUAGUGCCUCCCAGCUCUCAGGACGGGUCCCCAGCACUCCAGGGGAUGGAAAAUGGACCCUUUCUCCCUCCACACCCUCAGGGUCAUCUCCUCUCCCAUCACUCUCAGAGGAAAUAGGGCAGCCUGCCCAAAACACCAGCUGUACUCAUGCUAAGGGGAUUCAUACAGGCAAAGACCUGAAGAAAGUCGCACCUAUAAGUAUUAAUAACAAUGGAUGUGCAAGUGAUGCCAAGACUCCGGUGUCAUUGGAACAGCUCUCUGACAUUGUCAAAAGGACAGACGGGGAGAGAGAGGAUGAUACUAUCGAUGAGGAGAUUUUGAGUCUGACUAACGGGAGACUGGAAUUCGGAAUGAGGCCGGGCCUGGAUUCCUCAUUUUCUGGCUCCUUGGACACCCUCCUCUCAUCUCACCCCAGCCAUGAGCAGAAUUUAGUGUCCACACCAGACAGGGUUGAAUUUUUUGCCAAAGGAGGAGAGCAGCAACCCUGGUCCCUCUGGCCCGCAUUCACCCCCAUUGGAAAUGGGAAGUGUAGUAAAUGUUCUCUGUCUGAUUUGACAAUUGAGUCCAUGCCAUAUGAGCUGCUGUUUGACCUCGCCCUGCCUAAAGUGGCAUCUCUGUUUUUGGAGAGGAAGACCACAGAGGCCAUCCAGAGAGCUGAUGAAGAAGGGGAGCACCGAGAGGAGCUAAAGGGAGAGGAUCUUUCUACCACCUCCCCUCUGGAGGUAUUGGACCGGGUUAUCCAGCAGGGUCAUGACACCCAUGAGAAAGUGCUGAAGACAACUCUGUCUUCUCAAAGCCAAUCACCAGACCCACACUCUGGAGGUAAACAGCAUAGCAAUAAAGGAAAAGGUCCUGUGUCUACGGAGUCAGAUGAGCUGGGGAUGUUGCGCAGUCAGCUGCUGUUGCUGCAUAACCAGUUGCUGUAUGAGAGACAUAAGAGAGAGCAGCAUGCACUUCGUAACCGCCGUCUGUUCGGACGUAUUGUCAAUGCUACUGCCCUGGAAGAGCAAAACAACUCCAUGAAAACCCAACUCAAGCUUCAGGACAUUGAGAUCCAGGCUGUGCAGGUAAGCCUGAAAGAGGAACAGCGGCGCUCCAGGCAUAUACAGGAAGACAGAGAUGCACUUGUGAACCAACUGCAGACUCAAAUCCAGCAGCUACAGAAGGAGAGGAACGAUUAUUACUCAAAGAUGCAGGAGCUAAAGAGUGAUUUGCAAGAGAAUCAGAAGAAGGUCCGAGAAAUGGAAGCAGAGCUCCAGAAAGCCAAUAACAAAAUGUGUAAUAUGGGACACAUGCUCAGCCAGCUGUCCAUCAAGCUGAACAAUAGUGAAAACAUUGAGCAGCAGAUGGCUUUCCUGAACAAGCAGCUGCUGCUUUUGGGUGAAGCCAACAAGUUAUGUGUGGAGGAAAUCGACCGCUUGGGACCUGAGGCUAGCAAGGAGCUGAAUAUGCUGCAGUCAUCUUCACUGCAUGAGGCUGAGCGUUUGAGGCAGAGCUCUCUUCAGCAGAGUCAGAGACUUGAAGCUGCCCAACAGCGCAUCACAGACCUGGAGACCCAACACACCAAGAAAGAGCAAGUCAUCCGCGAGCAAAAGAAACUGCUGGAGAAUGUCAAAUGCCAGGCCACGGAGCAGCUGCAGGCUUCAGAGAACAGGUAUCUGGCCCAGAAGCACAUCACUCAGGCAUUACAAUCUGACCUGCUUGAGCUCUAUUGCCAGCUAGAGCUCAAAAACCUGAACAAUAAAUCACCAGCAGAGCCCACUUCUGAACUCAACAGUCCAACCAAGCAGAGGCAAAAUGGCAACAGUACAGGCCCAUCUGCGCCGUUUCUAUCAACCAACCCAAUGAAAAAGGAUGAAGGGAUGGACGUGUGUGUCAAUGGUGAAAUAUCUGCCGGGUCUCCUCAAACAUCCACAGCACUCAUUAAUGGCAGUCAGGAAGAAGAUCUUUCCGCCCUUACCCAUUCAUUUCCUGCUCUCUCCUUCGACUCCUCGCUGGCAGUUAAUUCUUACCCCAGUACUGGAAGUUUUUUGGGCAAGAUAGCCAGAGAGAUGUUUCGAAAUAAGAGCGAGAGCCACUAUGAGGGUGAGCCGGCUGCCUUCACCUGCCUCUCUAAGGAUCUUAUGGUUGAGCCAGUCACAGAGCCCACAGAGAGCAUGAAGCUUGAAGAGGCUACUGUCCAGGCUGACCUGCAGCCCAUAGACAGACCCCUGGCAUAUAAUAUUCAGCGGAAGAGGCAGCAGGAUCUAAAGAUCAUGGACUACAAUGAGACCCAACAGGAGCAUUGAUUGUACACUGCUGACAUGAUUGCCCGCAGUUAGAAGAGGAUCAUUUUGGACCCAGUAUUAGAAUGCACUGCUCUUUUUGUUAGAGUGGUUUGCAGAGUUUUAAUAAAUUUUAAAAGCUCUUGUACUACAAAACCGCAAAAAAAGGAAAAAGUUGUUGGUUGGCAAGUUGCCAUGUAGUCACCACAGUGGCAAGAGAAUCUUGAAUCUUGUCUUCAAAAAAGCUUCACUUAUAUUUUGUCAUUCAUUUUAUAUAUAUAUAUAUAUAUAUAUAUAUAUAUAUAUAUAUAUUUUUUUUUUUUUCUUUCAUUUUGCAACCUUGGUGAUUAUAUUGCCUGGUGGUUGAAUGUUAUUCAGCCCUCACUGUACUUUUAAGCAAAUGUAUUGACUUAAUCACUGUGUUUGCUUUUGCAAUAGUACCAUUUGGUUUUGAAUCCUCCUUAAUUUGUUGCAUUGAGAUGAGCAUUGUUAAUUUCCGGUGAUGUGACUCGGCACAAUACUGAGUGUGAUCAUUGCAAACGCAGCACAGUAAAUAGUAAAUAGAUCAUGCCUAUGAAAAACCAAACAAUCAGUCCGAUAAAAAUGUGAAAAAAAAAGAAGCUAAUCGGAAUAGGUGAAGUAGAAUAUGAAAUCACAUUUCAUUGCUGAGGCGAGCCAUAAUAUAUAUGGCUGAGCAGUGUUUUGUGUGCUUCGCCUUUAUCGAAAAAGCAAGUCUUUUGUUGUUUCUAGUAAUAGAUUUUAUUUUUAUGCAUUUAAUGUUCUCCGCUGGGAUUGUAGCGCCCAGUCACAAGUGCAAUACUUAGUUAGCUAACACUUCAUGCCAGCUUGAAGAUAUGAGUGAUACUGGGAAAAAGAAACAAUUUAGAUUGCUUUUUUUUUUCAACACCGGCAGAGCCUUACAGAACACAAGCCAGGCUGCUGUAGGUGUAUUUGUUGAGACCAAGUGUGAAUCGAGAAUAUCUUUGUGGUCGAAGAUGUGUCUGAAGGGUAAAUGCUCCUGUGUUAAUAGUGCUCAAAAUACAGACACUGCAAUACUUCGACACACUAAACUCUGAAAGGAAGCUGCUUGUGAUAAGGCAGAAGGCUAAUGUUCCUCUAUUAGGUUCUUUCAUUUCUGUCUUACACAGGUCAGACUGUCAUCUGCAAAGAAAAGGCUUCAUAUAAUGGGCUGCAGCUGGCUGAAGUAAAAGCACUUCUUUUUUUAAUUCAGGCCUUCUUAAGAUUGCUGAACCUUAGCAGAGCAAAAAUACUUCUCUUUCUAAAAACACUUGCCCUGGGCUUUGUUUUCAGUGCCGAAUAUAGUUGGAAUAUGUGAAGUACUGUUGAAAAGAAAAGAAAAUGCUGGCUUCAGCCUGCCAGCUGGGGAAAUGGCUCAUGGCGUUUACAAUGAGAAUUGAAAUCAAUGGAAAUCACUGCUGUUUUUUUCUUUCUGUUCAGACUGAUCUUAUCACAGUUCACCACGCGUGUGGUCUUACAGCUUGUGCUUUGUUUAACGGUCACUCAGACUUUACAUUCUCUUUUUAUACCGAAACCCCUCUAAAACAUUUAGUUGUUUCACGAAAUGCCUUACUGAAAAAAAGUAGGAAGCCUGUCCAUCACCUGAAGUCACUUGUUGAAAGUUAUCUGAAAUAUGGUACAAUCAGACAGUGACAGGUGUAGCAGGUAACCAGGGACUCUAUUUUCAAUUUGAGAAAACAGAUUUGUGUUCUCCUACUUGCUAUGAUCAACAACAAAAACAAUAAAAUAUAUGUUUUGCA